CUUAUUUUAGAAAUUAUCAUAUAAAUAUCCGAGCUCGGAGCGACAUAUUUGUUCUCAAUUCUCCAAGUUUAUAAUCUUAUUUUGUGGAGCUAAAUUGCGAAUCAAUUUGUUUACAAAUUCGGUAAGUCGGGAAUGGAGGCUCACAAAUCAGGAAAGGGGAGGGUGGUUUCGCAGAACAAUUAUAGACAGAGUCUCCAAAUUCGAAAGAGGACUUGUUAUGGUUGUGGCAAGCUGGGCCAUUUUGUCAGGGAUUGCCCAACCAAGAGAAGGAAAAAUGGCGCACAUUUCAAUCCGCAGAACCAACAAAAAUACUAUUUGAACCACCCACCAUUAAUGGGCACAUGUACAUAUGGUUCAAUGGGGCCCACUUUUAAGCAGCAGAACAAAUCUUGCAAUGAAAUUGCUAGCAAAAUUUCAGCCUCAAAUUUACGGGAAGGUUUUUCUUCACGGCCUUCAGAUUUCUCUGAAGAUUACUCCUCAUCAGCCUCAGAUUUCUCUAAAGAUUAUUCCUCAUCAGCGAUAGAUUCAUUGGAAUACUACUCCUUUGCAGCCUACGGUAAUCAAUUUGAAGACUAUUUAUCAUCAGCCUCAGAAAGUUCAUCAACCUUGCAUUCGUCUGAAGUUUAUUCGUCAUCGGUGUCGGAUUCACCCCAGUACUCUUACUCGGUGUCAGCCUCACAUUCAUCGGUUUCAGCCUCAGAUUCAUCCAUAAUCUAUUUCCCAUCGUACACAGACAAAUAUGAAGGUCAGGAUUUAAAUGAAUCUGAAGACUCUGAAGAAAUACAGCCUCUUCAGUCUGCAACUUCGAGUAUAGCUCAGAAAGCAUCGGAUGAAUGUCUUCAUUUUCCUAUUGGUACUGGUGUUGAUUCCCUUUCACAAAUCAUAGGACAAGUUUCUAAACAGAGUCUGGACUCUGCAGAAUGUCACAAGGUUGUUCAAACUAUGCAUAAUUUAUCAGUGUUGCUGCUCAUUAAUUCAUCAUUUUCAGACAAUCUGAGCGAAUCUGACCUUCCAACUCUCCAGUCUAUCAUCUGCAAUCUAUCUCAGUGUCUUAAGAAAAGUACAUCUGUUUCAAAAUCAACAGACGUAACUGCUUUCAUGCCUGAUAAACAACUGGUUGCUGCCAACUCGGUGGAAACUGAAAAGGAUUGUCAUGCUGCUGAAGAAAAGGAAGAUCCGGUUGGAAAAAGAUGUUUCCAAAUGUCUGCAGAAGUUUAUCAGUCGCAAAUGGUUAAUAUUGAGGUGGAAUUGAAUUCAAUAAAAUCUGAAAUUAGGUGUCUCAGAACGGAGCUUGAAAUGGAGGGUUUAAAGAAGACUCAUGCAGGUACACAUGCAAAUGGAGACAUUGAAAGUUUUGAAACUUUAGCAAACAGGAAUGAUGUAAACAAUGGGAGCUGUCCAGGAGUGAAUUUAGUUAUAAAGGAAAAUGAGUUUGACUACACUUCUGCACCAGUUUCACAAGAGAAAAGAUAUUGGCUACCUGAUUUGAACUUGGAUCCAGUAAUCGAUUAUGGAUCAUUCAUAGGUGAAUCGUACAUCAAGAAAAACAAAGACGAUGUUAUUUCCCAAAACAAUAUUAGUGAGGAGCCUAUUCAUAAAAGUAGUUUGAAUAGUACUGCUCAUAAUCCAGGGCAACCAAAUGCAGAGGCAGAAACCAAGCAAAUUGAAGGGCAAUUCAGAGUUUUGCAAGAACCCGGGAGCUGUUCUGAAUCUGGUAUAGAAUAUAUGAGAGAUUUUGCUGGCAACACUUUGCUAGAAGAUGGUGCAACGACUGAAAGUGCCAAUAAGAUUGGAUCUUCAAUUUAUGUCCAUGGACUAGAAAAUGUUGAUGUCAUGCAUGCAUUGGAGGAAAAUACAUGCUUUGAAUCAGAUUCAAGUUGGGAACAGAUUUUGAUGGAUGAUGGUGCAAUGACUGAAAGUCCCACUAAGAUUGGAUCUCUAAUUGAUAUCCAUAACUUAGAAAAUGUUGAUGUUGGACUUAAUUUGGGGGAAAAUCCAUGUUUGGAAUCAGAUUCAACUUGGGAACAGAUCAACUUCAGUGAGGAAGAUCAUAUUUAAUUCUCUGAUAAAUUUCAUUUGUGAAUUUUUUACAUUAAUCUCGCAGUUCUUAGAAACUGACAGCCAAAGCACCUUUAUUAUUGCUUUUCCUUUUCUUGUUCUGAGAAAAAAAUUAUGGGAAUUUUUCAGAGAACCAUAAAUUUUCUGUGGCAUGUUGGAUUUUGCAUCUUACAAAUAUGUAAUGGAAAUGGGUUUCAAAGUUACAA